CUUUCGGUUGCCUGGGGCCGGCGUUGCUGAGGUCUGCUGAGCGAAGGAGCUUCCUUCGUAGCGGAUCCCGUCUCGCUCUGUGUAACGGUGGGAGCUGCUGUGUCUUGACUGGGUAAAAUACCUUGUCGGCUUGCAUUUAUGCUAUAAUCUAUAGUCCAUACCGUUAUCUAUACAUGCAUAUUCAGAUGGACGCAGAUCGCAUAGAAGUGACUGUUUCACUCGCAGGUUCCUUGCUAAAGAAGGCGAAUUUCUUGCAGUUUAUGAGAAGCUGAUUUAUUUUAUCAAAUGUUAAUAUAGUUAAGGUAGCCGACUUGCUGGGAAGGCUGUGUGGUAUCAAAGGGUUCUCUCUGAGAGAGAACUUGUUUCUAGGUGAAUUCUGUGGAAAACAGUGUUGAUCUGAUGCUAUUCAGCCUUGUUCUCAGUGGAUACAAAGGUAGCUUUUUUGUUGGUUUUUUUUUUUUUUUUAAACAAAACUGACACACCCUGAAACUACCUUCCCAGAGACCUGUGGUUGAUGCAAGAAUCUGUGGUGAAUAUCCUGCCAGUCCUGGAAAGCAUUUUGGAUAUUCUUGAAACUCGAGUUCAUUCGAGUGCAUUUUAACAGUGCCAAAUCAAGAUGUGAAAGAUGCCAGCUGUAUCCAUGCAGUGAGAUUGUAUCCCGAAAAGCAGUUAUUCAGGAAAAGAGCCUUUGUAAAGGAGCAAAAGGUGUGUGGGUUUGUCACUGUUGAGGCUAGAACUGGACUAUGACCUAAGGUUUUGAUGGUUUUACUGGGGCCACGCACACCAAGAACCCUGCAGUGAAGAUGUUUGAGUCACCAAUGCUUGUGGUCAAUACAUUUAUUUCAUCCUAAACAAAUAAAAAUAAUUAAGCAGAUAAUUCCUGAGUAUAUAGCUUUGGUAGGAAGAGAACGCAGGCAUUCUUUAAAUAGUUCUUACAGCUAGUUCAGGAAGACUUCUGAAGAACUGAUAAUUGGAAGCUAAAGCUGUAAGUGGUAAAUAAAGCAGGUUUUUAAAAAUGAGAAUAACACGAUGAGAAGGGCUCCAUAGCUCUCAAGAAAGUUUAGAGGCAGCUAUGGAAGAUACAUUUUAAUUAUUCUGAGCUGCUUGUCUAAUAUAUCUUUUGCAAGAUUCACAGGGCAGGGUGGUGUGGACAGGAGUAAUCUUUGGCAGUGGAGACUUGCUGUUCUCCACUGGUUUUGUAUCACAGCUGGCACACAAAUAAGCCACCUCGGAAGUGAUAUAUGUGUGCUGGGUUUGGAACCAUCUGCCUGUGGCGUGGUGACCAUCUGAAAUGAUUAGGUCUGGUCUCGGUGGGGAGGCAGCUGUGAAACUGGCUGGCCUGUCAUGGGUGGGAAACUGGAACAGAUUACAGUUCCUUAUGGCUUUAUAUUUUACAGGUCUUGGAAACUGCAAAAUGUCUGGAACUGAUGAUUUUUCGUUGGCAGAUGCUUUACCAGAUCAGUCGCCUGCUAAAACCUCCAAAGUGAGCAGUACAAAACCUGGUCAACAGCCUGGUCAGCCACCGCAGGGUUGGCCAGCUUCGAAUCCUUGGAACAACCCCAGCGCUCCCCCUACGGCGCCAGCCGGACUGCCGCCAAAUACGUCCGCUUCCAGUGUGCCAUUCGGACCUCCACCAACAGGAAUGUAUCCUUCAAUGCCCCCUGGACCGCCUGCUCCAUUUCCUCCUCCUCCUACUGGACCCUCUUGCCCUCCUCCUGGUGGUCCAUAUCCACCCCCAACUGUGCCAGGUCCUGUCCCACCAGGGCAGUAUCCUCCGCCAAAUAUGCCCUUUCCAGAGCUUCCAAGACCUUACGGUGGUCCAACGGAGCCAGCUGCGCCUCCUGCUCCUGUUGGGCCAUGGGGAUCCAUGCCCUCUGGCGCAUGGGGACCAACAAUGGGAGGGCAGUAUCCUGCACCUAGCAUGCCAUAUCCACCCCCAGGGCCAUAUUCCGCUCCUACCCAGACUCCAGGGGCUGCGCCAACAGUACCAUGGGGUACGGUCCCACCUGGAACAUGGGGACCUUCACCGCCAGGUCCGUUUCCUCCACCCGCAGGAUCAUAUCCAGCUCCAGGACUAUAUCCUACGCCCCCUAAUCCUUUUCAAGUGCCAUCUGGUCCUGCUGGUGCUCCAUCAAUGCCUGGUGGUCCCCAUCCUUACCGUUGAAUACAUUCUGGGCAACAAAAUACUGUAGCUUUCCACCUUCAUCCACUACUUACAGAGAUUUUUACAGUUUUUGUUUCAGUAAUGUUUGGGGCUGUGAAGAAUACUCGCCUCUUGUAUGUGCAUUGGAGGUAUGAAGGAGCAGUUUGCGUAAAUUUACCUUGCUCGUAUGCCGGCAUAAUUGUUUGGUUUAAUAAAAUGAAUUACAGAGAGCAGAGAUAAAACUAGCAUCUGUGGUUCUUACAUCGGCAAGUAUUCCUUGGAAAAGCGAGAGCUGCCAAGUAAGGAUUAUAAAGAAUCAGGCCCAAGGACUUGAAAAAAUGUCAAUUCUUAAAUUUCCAUGAAUGCUUUAAGUCUUGUUGCCAGACUUGUGCUGGUCGCUGAAUGGAUGGAUAGUCAUAUUUUGUCUAUUUUCAGGUUAUUCUAAAAUGUCAAUAAAAAGUGUUUCAAGAUUCUUGUCAAGAAAUCUAAUUUUUGAACAUGCUACAGUAAUUCAAACUAAAGAGACGGAGCAUGUGAACUUGUAGGUUUUCUCAGCAUUUUGUAUAUACUCAAAACAAUUGCUCAGUCUGGGACUACGGAAGAGAAGAUACACAUCUGAAAUACUUGGUCUGACUUGUCAGCACACUGUUCGUGUUCACAAACAGGCAUUUAUGUGCAAAUUAAAUAACCUGGAUGUGCAGUUAACUUCGAAUCAACAAAUGUGAGUUUUAUGCAUGCAAAUGAGGACAUCAUUUUGCCAGUUCUCAUUCUGUGGUGGUUGGAAGUUUGGCUUGGUCUGUGUAAAGAGAAACCGAUUCCCACUUAGGUAAGGUACUUCCCUAUUUCUAACCUGGGUUCUAGUCAUUUAAAAUUCGACUUUGCUGCUGAGUUGUGUAAACUCGACAGACUUUUUCAGAGUCCCUAGAAACUGAACUUGAGCUUAAAAGAUCAAAAAAACCCCAACCUGACAAUUCCCUUCCCAGCGGUUUUUGGCAUGGCAUUUAGUUCUGUCAGCUACAAAGACCCGUAUUGCCACGCUUGAGAAUGAGGAGGUCUCGUCAGGGCUCCGCUGAAGACUGUAAUGGGGAGAAGUCCUCUGUUCUCAACUAGGGGUCUGCAUACCUCACUGAGUAAGUGUAAUUUGGGAGUAAGUGAAUGUCUAGAAGCCUGUGCACUGCUGUGUAGCUGUCCCCCCUCUGCUGGGGCACUGCAGUAAGUUUUCAUAUUCUUGCCAUAUCUGUGCGAAGAGCACGCGAGGGGUUUGCUGCAAUGCUGGUUUAGCAUUACCAAGACACGCAGCCACGUGUUGGUGAGGAGUUCUGGCACUCUUUGUGGUACUUCGUAGCCUAGGCUUUGACCAUGGACAGUUUGUUUCAUGCCCAGCUGGGGAUGUCCUAACUUAGCCUCUGUAGGUAGAAUUAGGAACAAAUUUUGCUUAAUGUGGUAGCUCAUUAGGGAGUCUUUGUAUCAUGGAACUGUGAAAGCGAGUUAAUUCUCUUCCAGUACCUUAUCGUGGCUUCCUGCAUGCAUGUGAUGGACUACUUAAAAACAAAUGGGGUGACCUGGUGGUGAUGUUUGUCAGUGGUCUUAGCCUUUACGGCAAACUCCUGCGAUAUUUUUGCAGAAGAAAGCAGUCAGCUUAGCUGUGGCCGUUUUAAUCUAACGUCAGGAAAGCUAAUAGCAAAGGUCUGUGUAUUUUUUGUUCUAGGAAGAUGAUGCUGGAGCUGGACAAAAAUACUUCACAUUUCAGCUUAAAACCUAGCAUCUGUAACCCUAGAAGCAGGAACCAAAAGCGCAAGUCUUCACUAACCUCACACAAGCCCCACUUUCCCCCCAAACAGACUUGGCUUAGAUCUUGGCAAGACUAAUCAAAAAUUAACGUAAGAGAACAUGGAUUACAUUUGCUCAAGUGCUUUUUUGAUACCUGCAGCCUUAGAUUCUAAAUCAAUGUAAUGAAAAAACCCACAUUUAUUCCGAAUGAAUGGAUCAUGCAGUAGCAGUACUCCAGCUUGAAAUUGCACUGGCCGUACGUCUUUGCAGGGAAUGGGAAGAGGUAGGAAAGGCUAAAGCAAACGUAGCAAGUAAUGAUUUUUGGAAAGGGGGUUUGUAAAAGUAACUAGAUUUCUAGGUUCUUCCUGAAAUAGGCAGGAUUUAUUACUGGAACAUUUAGGCUAAAAUUCAGUAUAUAUGGGAUGUUUUUCAAUGUAUAUUCGUAUUUCUUGAGGUCAUGAAAACUGUUUCAUAAGCCCUUUGUUUUUGUGAGCAAAGUUCUUUGCAUAGCAGUGAAAAGGGUAUACCUGUUAAUCUAUUGUGUAAAAACUCAAGUUGUCACUAUAUACCGUGUAGUAACUUUAUCACAUGUUAUGUCAAGUGUGAGCAACUUCUGGCCUGAAGCUUUUGCAAUGGAAUUUGUACAUUUCUAUGCAUCAUUUGAGUUAAAUUGCUGAGAAGUUCGUUUUGACUUGUGCUUUGAGAUUGACAUACUGCAUUUGUUUACAAUAUGAAAUAUAAGCAAUCACAUCUUUAAAGUAUAGAUUAUCACCUGCUGCUGUAUUUUCUUUAGAUGAAACAAAUAUUGCUGUAUGAUAGUGAGAAGCUAUAAAUACAGGAUUUGAUAUUUUUUUGAAAAUGCUGUCACUUUUGUAUAAGAUUAGACAUUAAACGUAUUUUCAAGACUGUCGUGUUUACUGUUUUUCAAUUACUGCUUUUGACAUGCUUGUGUAGACUUUUGCCUUGAAUGAAUGGUAAAAAUAGGACAUCCUUGAUUUGCAAAGACUGAAUAUAAAAUCAGAAUUACUUGA